AUGUCAUCUAAUCCAUUGGAAAAAUAUGAAAGAUUACUUACAAAGGAGCCACAAAUCAAUGACAAAUAUGUGAUUAUUGAUAUUAAAUGGUUAGAGCAGUGGAAACGUUUUGUUGGUAUCGAAAAGUCAGAUGAGGAAAAAGUCACUAAACCAGGUCCAAUAGACUUUACAAAAUUAAUGGAUCUAACAACAGCCAAUAGUUCAAAUGAAAUACAACUUCGUUCAGAUGCUAUCGAAGGAAAUGAUUAUACCUUCAUCCCAUAUGAAUUCUAUCAAGACUUAGUAGAAACAUAUAAAAAAAUCGGUCCCGAAAUCAUUCGUAAAGCAAUUCCGCAAGAUCAAAAUCAAGUUGUAAUUGAAACAUUUCUCGUACCAUUAAGACUUCGUGAAUCAAGAUGUUUGAAUGCAAGAACAAAACAAAUCUAUCGUAGUCGUCGAACUAAAAUACAAGAAAUAAAAAACGAUAUUUGUAAUGAACAUCGUAUUACACCAAGUUCAAGUCAUCAUUUAUAUUCAUCAGUGGAUGAAAAUGGUUUGAAUUGGAAACUCAUUGAUGAACAAUCAGACUUAACCCUGGAUGAUAUUGGUUUAACAAAAAAUGUAUUUGUUACAUAUGAACCCAGAUCAUUAGCAGAACAUAAUGCUUCGUCAUCUACUACAUCAAAAAUACAUUACAUUCCCACACUUUGUGGUUUAUCAAGUUUGGGUAAAACUAGUUUCAUGAAUUCAGCUAUACAAUGUCUAUCCAAUGUUCCAGCAUUAACAGAAUAUUUUCUUCGUAAUGAAUAUCAAGAUCAUGUAAAUCGUGAGAAUUCGUUAGGUAUGAAGGGUGAAGUUGCUUUAGCAUAUGGUGAAUUAAUACAUAAAAUGUGGUCCGGUAAAACAAAUUGUUCUGCACCACGAUUUUUAAGAAGAAGUGUUGCACAUUAUGCACAAAAAUGUCGUAGUUUUUCACAAAAAGAUCCACAAAAUUUUAUAUCAUUUCUACUUGAUAUUUUACAUGAAGAUUUAAAUCUUUUCAAAGAAAAACCAAAUAUAGAAAAAACAGAUGAUGAUGAUGAAACCGUUGAUGAUUCAACAUUAGCUGCUGAACAAUGGGAUUAUUAUCGAAAAGGAAAUCGAUCAAAAAUUCAUGAUUUGUUUGAUGGACAAAUCAAAUCAGUUAUGCAAUGUCUCGAAUGUAAAACAUCAAAACGUGUCUUUGAACCGAUACGUACAUUUGGUUUACCAUUAUCAAAAAAAUUAGAAACACGAACAUUUAAAAUCAUGUAUGUUCGUUUAAAUGGACAAAUUAAAUCUUAUGAUAUUAAAUCUGAUAAACAUGGUAGUAUGCGUAAUUUAAUUCAAGAUUUUUGUGAUCGUUUUCAACCAAAAGAGAAAAAUAUUUGUGAGAAAGAAUCUGAGGAAACUAAGUUUGUAUCAGAAUUCAGUGAAACUAAUCAAGAUGAAGAAAAAGAAGAAGAAGAAGAUUUUACAGAAGUAUCGGAUUAUGAUGGACAUCAACCUAAAUCAGAUCAUAUUUUAGCUGUUGAACUUCACAAUCAUCGAGUUCAUUUACAAUAUGCAGAUAAUAAUUCGUUAAGAAAUAUACUUGAAAGAGAUCAAAUUUUUUUUUAUGAAAUACCUGUUUCAUUAAUAAAAGAAAAUAACGAUAAAAUAUUGAUGCCAUGUGUAUUUCAAGAAGAUGAUCAAAAUCAUCAAAAAUUUGGUAUCCCUUUUUAUCUUAAUAUACCAAGACAUAACUGUAAAGGAAGUGACAUAAAAGAAGAAUUGCAGAAAUCAAUCAGUAUUUUUCUUCCAUUACCUUCAAUGGAUUUAUCGGAUAAACCAUUUUAUACGGCUUCGUUGGCAAUCACUCAAAGUUAUAAACAAACAAUCAAAUCAUUAGAAUCGUGUCUUGAUGAUCAUAUUAAUUUUACUGGUAACAGUACAACACUUAUUAUCGAUGUUGUAUCAUCGAUUGCUGAAAAAUACAAAAAUAGAGAAGAAGAAAGAAAAAGUUCAGAAAAAGAUCAUGUUUCAUCAAUUGUUUCUUCUAUUCAAACAUGUAUGCAACAAAAACGAUCAGCUACAUUGUUCGAUUGGUUUCAUUAUUUUACAAAAAAGAAAGUAUUACCUAAAAAUGAUCUAUGGAAAUGUCCACAAUGUAAUGCACUGAAAAAGGCUACACAAAAAAUUGAUUUAUGGCUCUUACCUAAAGUUUUAAUUAUCAAAUUAAAACAUCAUAAUUAUACUAGUUAUUUUCGUGAUAACAUUGAUUUAUUGAUUGAUUGUCCAAUACAUGAUUUAGAUUUAUCACAAUUUGUUCUAAAUCCAGAUGAAAAAUUAAAAGCGAAAUACAAUUUAAUUGCUGUUUGUAAUGAUAUGAACAGUUUAAGUAGUGGACAUUAUACUACACAUGCAAAAAGUUCUAUUGACAAAAAAUGGCAUACGUUUGAUGAUUCAAAAAUAUCAGAUGUUAAUGAAAAUGAUGUUAUCAGUAAAGCAGCUUGUAUACUUGUUUAUCAACAACAACAACAAUCAUGA